AUGAUAAUUGGAUAUAUAAUAAAAGGAAUAUUAGCACCAUUAAUAAUAGUGUUAUUGUAUUCAAAUUCAAAGGCUUUACAAAAUUAGGAAUAAUAUGUAAGAGGAUUUUGGGAGAAUUUCUUUGGGGAAGUUUAUUAGAUUAGAAAGUAAACAUUUGUAAAGAAUUCUGCAUUUAAGCCAGAAUAUAAUGUAAAAGAAUAUUAAUAUGAGUUAGUAAUCUCGAUAUAAUGUAGCAGAAUCACCGGUGUAUUGUAAAAGAAGUGAUUCAUAUAAAAUGGUACAUCCAGAUAUAGUAUUGUAAGAUUACUAUGUCUGGAGAGAUUAUCCUCCAACUAAUUUACCUAAAAAGAUAACAUUAGAUAGAACAUUUGCAGUAUUAGAUAAGGUAAGUCCAUCAAAGGUUGCUUCAUAUAAAUAUGAAAAUUAAUUACCACUCUAACUUGGAUUUAUUUAUACUACAGUUUCUACAUUAUUUAAUAAUUAUGUUUGGGGAAAGGGAUUAGGAUGUGUAUUAUAAAAAUACAGUCAUAUUCCAGGCAAGAGUUCUGUAGCUAUGAAAAAUUAGUUGAUUGAUAAUUUUAUGAGAUAUAUUAGAGAUUUUGAAAAAAAGAAUAUUACUAAUCCAGAAUGUAAAAGGAAUGCCUCUUUCAUUCCUGAAACUUAUAGAUUAAAUGAUGAAAAUGAUUGUAAGGCAUUCUUUGAAACAUUUAAAACAGAUGAAUAUAAAAAGAGAUUUAAUAAGUAUGGACCAUAAUAUAUUUUGAAAACUAAUCAGCAUAGAGGAGAAGGAAUUACAGUAUUAUUUAAGAAUGAAACUAUUGAGUUAUUAGAAGAAUAUAAUCAUGGUGAAGAAUGUGGAAAUAUAUAGAAAUAGGUAAUAGCUUAAAGAUAUAUAUCAAAUCCAUUCUUAUAUAAAGGACAUAAGAUUGAAUUUAGAAUAUAUUACACAAUCAUAUCAACUAAGCCAGUUAUUGCUUAUUCUUAUUCAAGGUAAUUGAAUUUAAUAUUAUUACAAAAGAGCUUUAAUAAAAAGAUGUGCAAAACCUUUUAGUGUUCAUUCAACUGAGAAAGGAGCCCAUGUUUGUAAUACAGCUAUUGUGAAAAAUUUAGUAAAAAAUGACAAAGAUGAUGAUGAAAUAGAAGAUGAAGAAUUCUUUAUUGAUUGGUAUUUAGAAGGUCUUGAAGAUUUAUUAAUUAAAUAAGGAAGAGCUAAAAAAGGAUGGUUAUAAGCCUAUCUUUAUCCAAAGAUUCAUAGAUCAUUAAUUCAUAUGACUAAAGCUACCUAUCAUUCUUUUGCUAGAGAUAGCACGUAACUUAAUAAUUAUAAAAAUUUAGUUUUGGUGAAUUUUUUGCUGUUGAUUUUUUACUUGAUGAUAAUUUAGAUGUUUGGGUUUUAGAAGUGAAUUAUAAUCCAUAAAUUCUAAGUGUUACCCCAGAUAGAAUUAAAAGAAAUUAUAAAAUGUUAGAAGAUCAUUUUGAAUUACAAUAUGCUUACAUCAAAAGUAAAUUAUACAGAUUAUCCCAAUUUGGUAAAAAACUUUUAAAAAAUGAUUAAAAAUCUAUUCUUAAUCAAUCUAAAUAGAUUGAAGAAUUGUUGAGAGAUAAAUUAGAAGAUUAAUUUGAACUCUCUAAAAAUAAUUUAUAUAUCAAAAUUAUGGAUGAAGGAUUACCAGGUACCUAAGCAUAUACAAAUCUAAUAUCCAAAGAGUGUCUUAAAUGA